UGUUUGGAAACUAAGAUGUAGACAUUCACAACCACUUGCUGAUUUGGUUGUUUUGGUCAUGAUAUACAGUAUGCUGAUUUGUCAGAGGGCCUCGGCCAUAUUAACAUUUUCAUGGAUCCCAAUCAUGAAAUGAGGAAGGAAGGUGUAGAGUCGUCCUGGCUUGAAUUUUUUCAUCACAAACAUUUUGAAUAUGUUAUUUUCAAACUGCCUAAAACAAAGUUUUAGGGGGUUUAAUAAAGUGCUUGGACUUUGAGAGAAUCUAUUCUCUUUAUCUUGACAAUUCUUGAUAUAUUUUUCUGCAAAUGAUCGUAUAAAGUCUAUCCAGAUGGUGUCUUUACCAACAUACAGUAUUACGUACUAGUAAGUUACUUCUUGACCUUGUUAAGUGUAGGUUGAUGAUAAACUGAAACAUAAAUUAAUACAUUAUCAUGAUAAUCUGUUUUACUAGUUGUUAUAUCUUAUGUUUACAUUUCUACGAUCAGGUAUUAUGAGAUUAUAAUUUUUUUCUGCAGCGUGGUUAAUGAUAUGACCAGGAAUCUAUUAAAAAGUUGAGUAGCAUGAAAUGUAUUUUUUCUCUAACUCUGCACAAGACAGAUGAAGGGCACUUUCCUCCAUAGAGUUAUUAGCAAACUUUUCAACCAUGACUGCUCAAUAUGCUAAUACAUUCAAAGAGGUCAGCUGAGCUACUGACUCACCUCCACUACACAACACCAAAACACAACCAUACCACUUCCAAGGUAAGUCUGUCUGCAUUCGAAUUUCGCUGUAGCUGUAGUAACUAAAACGUGGAUUUGGUCAUUGAUAUUUUUUAACCUCUAUUCAUACAGUGUUUGUUUGAGCCUGUGUUAACCUCACAAUAACACAACCACUUCAAGGCAGAAUGGAAAGUCUGGAUGAGGCUCCUGGGAGAGAAAGAGGUGGAGAGAGCAACAACCAAGAGCGAGAAGAUCAAUACGAGACAUCCCAUUAUAAGAGUCCGCUCUUCUCUGAUCCAUGGAAACCAUACCAACGGCCCCGUGCCAUUAUCAAAGAGUGGCUGCUGGGUCUGAGGCGUUGUCUGGGAUCAAUGUGUGGGAUGGAGUGGUACGGCUACGCUGCUCUCGGCGUCAUGAUGGCCUUCCUCAGCUUUCUCAUGGACCUGAGUGUAACAAAACUGCUGAGAGCUCACCAAUGGCUUUAUGUGAAUCUAGAGGGCAACAGUCUGCUGCAGUUCUUCUGUUGGACUCUUUACCCAGCAUGCCUCUGUGCUGUCGCAUCAUCAUUCUCCCACAACAUCUGUCCCUUCUCCACAGGCUCGGGGAUACCAGAGGUACGAACAAUACUGGCUGGCAUUGAAAUGCCUCAUUACUUGUCUCUCACUAAUAUGUUUGCCAAGUUCCUGGGCCUUAUCUGUGUACUGGCAGCAGGCAGCACUGUUUCCCUGGGCAAAGUGGGUCCGCUUGUGCAUCUUUCCACCAUGGUGGGAGCCUACCUUAGCAAACUCUGCACUCUCAUACAAGACAAAAAGAAGGACAAAGGAGCUGGAGAAAUGUUGGUUGUAGCUGCUGCGGUCGGUGUAGCCAGCUGCUUUGGAGCUCCCAUCAGUGGUGUGUUGUUCAGCGUGGAGGUGAUGUCUUCUCACUUUGCCCUGAGGCAUUACGUCCCGUGUUUCUUCUCAGCUGCCUGCGGGGCGUUGACCUCCCGCCUCUUCGCGGUGUGGAGUGGAGAUGGAGAGACUCUUCAGGCGCUGUUCAAGACUAAUUUCCCCACUGCUUUACCUUUCUACCCGCUGGAGAUUCUGCUGUUUGCUUUGUUAGGGCUGCUGUGUGGAGCUGUGAGCUGCUGCUACCUCUUCUGCCAUCGGUGGAUGCUGCGAUUUACCAAAACAAACACGGCCUUCGUCAAGAUGCUGACGACAGAGAAGGGUCUAUACUCAGGCUUGGUGGCCUUCCUCCUGGCAUCUGUGACGUUUCCCCAUUCUGCCGGACAAUUCAUGGCAUCUAAGUAUACCAUGAAUCAGCUCCUCACCUCCUUACUGGACAGCAGGCAGUGGAGCUCUCAGCACCAGAAUGCUUCUGUGCAGCUGCAGCCUGAGCCUUUGUCGGAGUGGAGCUCGUCAGGGAGUCCUGUCUACCUCUCUUUGGCUUUCUUUCUGCUCAUGAAGAUGUGGAUGUUGGUCCUCGCCUGCACUCUGCCCGUUCCAGCUGGAUACUUCAUGCCAGUCUUUGUCUAUGGGGCAGCUUUGGGCCGUUUGCAUGGAGAAGGAGUAGCAUAUGUGUUUUCCAUUGGAGUGACGUCAGACCAGCAGCAGGUUUCCAUAAAUCCUGGGGGCUACGCACUGGCUGGUGCAGCAGCUCUAUCUGGGGCUGUGACACACACCUUGUCCCCAGCUCUUCUGGCCAUCGAGCUUACCGGCCAGUGUAGCCAUGCCGUGCCCGUUCUCCUCGCCACUCUCCUGGCCAAUGCCCUUGCUCGCUCGGGACACCGCCCAUCCUUCUACGACGCCCUCUCUAUCAGCAAGAGGCUCCCACACCUGCCCUCUUUGAAGAAAGCAUGCCCUCGGCUUCCCUCCACCACAGUUGGACAGUUUCUGGGAGUGAAAUCGGUGCAGCUUCAGAAAGCAGCUGGUUCAGCAGAGAUUCAACAUGCUGUCAAAACCAGCAGUGAAACUCAAAUCCCUGUGGUGGAGUCCCACGAGUCACAGAUUUUACUAGGGUUCGUGCUUCGAUCAGAGCUGCUGAUUUUCCUGCGUCGCCCCAAGACUGAGACUCUGGAGAAACAUCUGCAUGAGGUCUGUAGUAUCCAUCCAACCUCUGUCCUGUUAUCACCUCACAACACUGUUCAGGAGGCCCACAGAAUACUGAGUGUCGUUGGAGACCAGACCUUGUUUGUCACAGAGAGAGGACGUUUGGUCGGGUUACUAACAUGGACACAGAUGAAGAAGAUAUUGGAGGAUUUGGCCAAAGAAAUCUAAGCUUUCACACAUAGGAACUACGUGAAUCCUUUGAUCUUUUUUGAAGCAUCCAUGAAUCAAUCCAAGCCCGGCUCUUAUAAUGACACGAUGUCUUCAGUGCCCUGGCAUCACAACAUUUCCACAUAAAACAAAACUUUCAUUAGCUGGAGGCUCCUGUAAUACCUGAGCUUAUUGUCUUGGCUUUUAAUGAAAGUUGAAGGCUUUUGUCCACUGAGGAGAUAGUAAACGUGCCUCAUCAGUGAACUGCACUUUGUGACACAACUAUAUCAAAAGUGUUUCGAUCCAGAAUGGGAUCAUGGGGGGAUGAAAACAAAAAGCCAAUAACUAAUCAAUGAACACAUCAAAACCCUGCUGAUGGGUUUUGAGUGGACAUCUCGCCCCAACACUUCCAUUCAUUAACAUCAAACACAGAUAUUGAUCAUGCAACAUUUAGACUUUACACAUGUAAUAAUAUUAUAUUGAUGGGUUUUUUAACUUCUGUUAUUCUCUGUCUUGCUUUUGUGACAUAAUCAUGCUCAUGUUUUGCAACUAUUGUUCUCAUAUUUGGGGAUUUAAGGUUCGGUUUCUGAGAUGCCUCAAACAACCGCAUUAAGGGUGAGCACUUUAGAACUGUUUAAAGCGAGAGUUCAAAUUUUUCAAACUUUAUAAAACAUUAGGAAAGAUACAUUACAUGCAUCCAUACUGCUGGUGUGUUGUCAUCCAAGUAUCCAGAAGCCUCCACAUUCGUACAAACCUUGAUUGCAGUCCAAAUUAUUGUUAGUGCUUUUAUGCUCUGAUUAAUAAAGACAAAAAAAUGGUGAAUCAUAAAUAAACUUCAUAAAUCAAAAUAGAUGAUUAUUGUUGUUAAAUGAAUCUACUAACGCCAUAGUUUGUACAGUUGUGAUCAGGGGGUGGAGCCACAUUAUCAAGGUCCCACCAAUACACGUGCUCAAACAAUCGCGUGUCAGUCUCAGCUGUCCAUCGUGACGUUUCACCCAAUUGUCAUAGCAUCAAAUAACUAGUUAAAAACAAAGUGUAUUAGUAAAUAAAAUAUCAGUGUAAAAAGAACUACCUAGAUGAGAGAAACCAUCUUGGAGAAGAUUUUUUUUAUGUGUACUUUGACUUUUUGUUUAUGUCCCAUCCACUAACAGAGGAGGCAUGAUUUAUGGCCUAUACUGUAGCCAGCCAACAGGGGGAGAUAGAGACACUGGCUUCACCUUUGUGGAGUUAUGUUGUCCAUUUUCAUAUACAGUCUAUGAUCUUAAACAAUGUCUGCCCAGGUACGAAAUAUAAAUGUUUAUGAUUUGAUGAUCAUCCAAUGUUUGUUGGUUGGUGGGUUGUUUGUCCUGUGGAGAUGUUAAUUUGUUUUUUAAUUUCAUAGAUUUAUGCA